UUUUCCUCGGAUACAGGCACAACAUCAGUAGAGGAGCAAAAUAAUGGCAAAAAUUAUUCUUAAGGUUGCUGUUUACUUCUUGGUAAAUUAUUUUCUUUUUUCUGGAGUACGUUCAAGGUCUGUUCACGUCGAUCAAUCAUCGCAUAGACGAACAUACAGCAAUGGUUUGAUUGGACCCUCGAAUCAAAAUAUAUCCGAAGAUUUAAAAGAUAAUUCAACGACAGAAUUAAUUCAGAGCGAAGCUAAUGAUGGUCACGUAAAUUUUGCCUCAGUACUGCAACUGCGACUCAAACGAACUUCGCUUUCUUGCGUGGAAACCCGAAGACUUGAGUGGAACAACUGCUUAGGAAGGUACUUCUCCAAAAUUAAAUGCAAAAUUAUGAGUGUCGCUUGUUUGUCGGCAAACAAUGUCCCACCAAAGUGUAUGGAACAAUUUGGGAUACUUCCCGGUAGGAAUGGCCGACCUUGUAAGGUACUUAAAAGCUGCUCGUGUGCAGCCUAA